AAAAAAAAGGGGGAGAGGAGGUAAAAGGUCGUGCACGUACCCAGGAACAACAAGCUCUCCCGUGUGUCCCUUCGAGACCUCCUCCUCGUUGAUCAGAGUGCGUGUAUCGCGACGACGUCCGAGUGCGGGUGGAUGGGGUCGAGUCGAGUCGUGUUCGGCCCAUCAGGCGGGAUGGUGACGCCGUGCCCUGGGUGAGCUACCCUCGGCCCCCCGUUGGCCGUAUAUUUGGAUCUUUGGUGGUAAAUCUGGCGAGGCGAUGAUCCGUGCAGGUGUUGGCAGUGCCGGUAUGAGUGCUCUCGGUGGUGGUGCUACUGGUGGUGCCCACAGUUGAGAAUAAAGGGCGAGUUGGGGGGGGGGCGCGCGCGCGCCCUCUCUCCGGUGUUCCUUCGAGCGGGCGAGCGUCGGCGGCAGCAUUGGCACUGAGAGGACCCGGAGGCGGUGGGGUAGGAGGGGGAGCGCUUCUUCGCCUUUCGCACACACGCACCCGCAACCCUGGCCUGCCACAAUCCCUUCGACUCGGUCACCUGCUGUGGCGUCGGAGGUGGUGCUUCCACGGCACCGCAGGUCCCCCAGCUGCUGGGAACUGCUGUCGGAGCCAUCAACUCCAGCAGCAUGCAGGACCCGGUGCUGGAAAAUAUUCUCAAGCAAAUGCACGAGACGGAGGCUCGUCGAGCUGACCUCGAGCGGCAACACGCGGAGGCGCAGGCCCACCUGCGCGAUAAAUUGGCGGGCCGGUACCAGGGCACCGAGUCGAUCGAGGCGCUCCAGUCGAAGAUCCGCGAGCUCGAGAAGAAAACCGAGUUGCAGAUCGUGAGGCACGAGGAGCUCAGUCUCGAGCUGACGAGUCUGAAGCACACCCGGAGUCGAGGUCCCAGCGCCAUGGGUGGCGCCAGCGCUAUGUCGGGUAUGUCGACGAGCAUGUCCACGGCUACGUGGCCGCCGGCCGGCUCGGAGAUUGAUCGGCUCAUGGCCAAACUCGAGCUGGACAGCAGUGGUCGGCUAAUGCACGAGUUGGAGCACACGCGAGGCGCAGUGACGACACAACAGCCAUCGAUGAGCCAAAGCCUGCUGCGCUCGAGCGCUGAAAACCUACCGAAUUUGGGUCAUCAGCAUCCACACGCCCUCAGCCUCGGCAUGCCUUCGACACACACCCACUACGCGGGCUCGCCGAUGCCCCUGACGCCGAUGAUGCCGGGCUGCUCGGUUCUGACGCCAAACGGGCCCCCGUACCACUACAACGAGCCGAUCCCGCCGGCACCCUCGUCCUCCCUCUCGACCAGCCAAUCACAGCCCGCCUUCCAGCAGAAGCUCUCGACGUACCACCAGCAACAUCACCUCCACCACCACCACCACCACCAGCAGCAACACCACCUUCAACAGCAACCCUCGUCGGCGCACAUGGACAUGCACGCCACGUCGCACGCGCAGAGCGCCGCAAUGCAGAAGCCAGUAGCACAGACGCACAGCCAACACCAGCAGCAGCAGCACCACUUUGCCAGCAGCGGCAGCCAGUACCAAGAGAGCUACCCCCACACGCAGACGUACCAGCACCAGUCGUCGGCCGCGUCGUCACAGCAGCCGGUCCUUCACCAGCAGCAGCUACCGGUUGCCUCCUCAUCGGCGACCCCGUUCCUCGCGACCGCCAGCCAAAGCCAGCAGGUGCCCCACUACGGCCAAACCGGCUCGGCUAUUGUUGCCCCCACUGCUGCUAGCACUGGGCUGUCGGGAGCUCAGAGUUACCAGCUCAAUGGGACGCAACAACAGAGCACAACGUUUCCAAGUCUCCCGAUGACGUCCCUGCCGAGCAGCACGUACAGCUCGGUACAGCAGCCGGCGAGCUACACGAGCCAGUUGGGCCACCCGACGUUCUCGGUGGGCCAGACGAGCUUGGGCCAUCAGAGCGUCGCCGGGGUGAGUUCGGCCCUCCAGCCCGCGAGCCUCGUCCCGUUCUCCACGCCCUCGUACCACUCGACGCUGACGGGUCUCACUACGGGCGUCACGCAGUCGUCGGUGCUGCCGUUUUCCACGGCCACGAGCACCUUCUCGACCGCUGGCCCUGCCACCUCGUUCACCGGGACCAAUGCCUUCGGCACAUCUGGUAUCACGAGCACGGGCUCGACGAGUCUUCUCGACCCACUGCAGGCGAUGCAGCAGCUGUCCGUGCAGUCCCAGGCGAACCAGCUACACCAGCAAGCGAUAAUCCAGCAAAUCCAGCAGAGCUUGCGUUCGAGCUCGCCAACACCCACGAGCGCCACAGCGGCGGGCCAUUACCUCGGACCCCGCCAAAUGCCCAAGAUACCCACGAGCAUACUGACCAACCCCCUGGACCGGCUGACCGGGACGGACUCGAGCCUCGCCUUGCCCGAGGGCCAGCUCGACAUGCUUGACAUCCCGGGCAAGGGCCGCUGCUACGUGUACAUCGCGCGUUUCACCUACGAGCCGUUCCAGCACUCGCCAAACGAAAACCCCGAGGCCGAGUUGCCGGUCUCCGGCGGAGAUUACCUGCUCGUCUGGGGCCAGCCCGACGAGGAUGGCUUCCUCGACGCGGAGACCCUCGACGGCCGCCGGGGCCUCGUGCCCGCCAACUUUGUUCAGAAGGUCGUGGGCGACGACUUGCUCGAGUUCCAUCAAGCGGUGCUCGGGCUCAGGGACGUGGACGACGCCGUAUCCACCAACAUUCCACAGUGUUACUUGCAGGACAUCGACUUAGAAUUGGCAGCGUUGGAGGAGGGCAACCGUAGCCGACAGGCCGAGCUUUCGGCGUACGCCGAACUGGAUAGUCUCGACGAGGACGAGCAGGAACCGCCAGUUCCGGCGCCCCAGCACCUCACCCUCGAGCGCCAGCUCAACAAGAGCGUCCUCAUCGGCUGGACGCCACCGGACAAUCCACAACAGAUCGAGUGCUACCACGUCUACGUGGAUGGAGUGCUCAAGGUUACAGUCAAAGCGACUGACAGGACGCGGGCCCUCGUCGAAGGCGUCGACUCCACGAGGCCACACCGAAUAAGCGUGCGAUCGGUGACGCACACGAGGCGGACGUCGCGAGACGCUGCCUGCACAAUGGUGAUCGGCAAGGACGUGGCGCUGGGUCCUACGGCGGUGAAGGCGUCGCGCGUGACGGCCACGAGCGCCGUGAUAUCGUGGCUGCCGAGCAACAGCAACCACCAGCACGUCGUUUGCGUGAACAACGUCGAGGUCCGGACGGUCAAGCCGGGCGUUUACAGGCACACGAUAACCGGCCUGGCCCCAUCCACCGUCUAUCGGGUGACGGUCAAGGCGAAAAACUUGAGGGCCACCCACUUCGAGGACCAGAAUGUCGCUCUGAUGAACAACCAAGCCUGCCACGUCCACUUCAAGACGCUGCCCAAGGGACUUCCUGAUCCUCCGGUCGAUAUCCAGCGGGUUUAUGUGCGCCAGGUGGAGGCUGGACCGCAGGACGGCACUUUGCUAGUCACCUGGCAGCCUGUUGCCCUAAACGGUUCGGCAGUCACCGGUUACGCGGUUUACGCCGACGGCAAGAAGGUCACCGACGUCGACAGUCCCACGGGCGAUCACGCGCUCGUCGACAUACACAAGCUCAUGGGCCUCAAUCCCAAGCACAUCACCGUAAGGACCAAGAGCCGCGAGAGCCAGUCCGGGGACAGCUGCGCCACUGCUAUACCGUGCUCCGUACUCAGAGGUGGUGUCGUCCAGAUGCAGCAUCAGCAAAUGCAGCAGAUGCAGCAUCAACAGCAAAUGCAACACCAACAGCAGAUGCAGCACCAACAGCAGAUGCAACAUCAGCAAAUGCAUCCACAAGAUCAAUCGCAGAUGCAUCCACAGAUGCAGGACCAGACGAGCAUGGGCAUGAUGGGCCCAGUCGGGCCAAUGGAUCCCAACCAGCAACAAGGUAUGGGUGGAAUGAUGGGCCCCCAGAGGUACGGUCCACAGAACUCGCAGUUGCCACCGCACAUGAGGCAACGGCAAGGGGUUACGCGGCACGAUGCCCACGGCCAAGUGAUCAUUGAGACCGACGAGAAUCUGUCUGACAAGGAGAUCUACCCAGGCCACAGCAUGGGCCAGACAAUGGGUGAACGAGACUCGGCAAGCGAGGCAAACUAUAGCGAAGACGAAGCGGAUGGCCCACCGCGUGGAAGAGUCGUUGGUCCUGGCGGUGGUAUGAAUAACUCUGGUGCUCGCGUAAUGUUACAUCACGAACAACAACAACAACAACAUCAACAACAACCAGGUGCUUCAGGCCCUAUGCAACACCCCCAGCAGCACCAUCAGCAACAUCCACAGCAGCACCCCCAGCAACACCCUCAGCAACACCCUCAGCAACAUCUUCCUCAUCAGCAACAACAGAUGCAGCAUCAGAUGCAGCAACAGAUGCAGCAACAGAUGCAGCGUUACGGUCCGCAACAGGGGGGUCCACCAGGAGGACCUGGAACUGGUCCACAGGUUCAUCGACAGAUGGUCCGACCACCUCAGCCGGGCCAACAUAGAGGUCCUCCACCACCCCCGCAGGAGCAGUAUUAUGAGCAACAACAACAGCAACAGCAACAGCAACAACAGCAGCAGCAGCAGCAACAACAGCCACCACCAGGUGGCCAAAGAGGACGAGGAAUGAUGUACGGAAGGGGAGGCCACAUGAGGCAAGUAGGACCAUACCGUUCACCCGGCGCUCACCAGAUGAACAAACAGAGGCCCCGAUACUUUGUCGCCUUGUUUGAUUAUGAUCCCAAAACAAUGUCACCCAAUCCGGACGCGGGCACGUACGAGCUUGCUUUCUGCGAGGGUGAUGUGAUUCAGGUGACAGGUGACAAGGAUCCCGACGGAUUCUACUGGGGUAGCCUAGGUAAUAAGACUGGCUACGUACCUCACAAUAUGGUAGAGGAGGUAACGGACCCAAAUCAGCUAGCCCAGGUGCACGGUAUGAGACGGGGUCAGGUGACAAACGAUCGCUGGGGCGAUACCUACGCAAGUAUGCCUGUAAAAAAGAUGAUUGCUCUAUACGACUACGAUCCACACGAGCUGUCACCCAACGUGGACGCAGAGCAGGUCGAGCUCAGCUUCCGCACUGGAAAUGAGAUCUAUGUUUACGGUGAAAUGGACGACGAUGGCUUCUACAUGGGCGAGCUCAAUGGAAUGCGGGGCUUAGUGCCGAGUAAUUUCCUCACCGAGGCCCAGGAUCAGGGACCACCAGGCAGCAGGAGACCCCCAGGACCAGGACAAGGCCCAGGUGCCCGUGGACCACCACCACCGCCCCGCGAGGUACCUGGUCACCGACGUAACAAAGAUGCCUGCAUUGUGCCUGUGUCUGUCCCUGUCUGUCACUUAGACUCUAGACAACAACUACAACAACCACCACCACUAAUGAACAAGCAACAACAACCACAUCAACUACAACAAUACAAUCGACCGCAUCUAGCGUACCAACAAGCGAAUCACCACAGCUACACUAGCGGCCUAGGCCCCAACCAACUUGGGCCAGGCAUGGGUCCAGGGAUGAGUCCCCAUAAUCCCCUUCAGUCCGGCCAAAUGCCGCCCCACAUGCAACAGCAGGGGAGGGGGAGAGGCGUGGUCAAUCAAGCCGGUGGUAGUAACAUGCCGAGGGGCCCGGGUAUGUCAGGCCAAAUGCAGCCUGGCCAACCGGGCCAGCCGAGCCAAAUGGGGCCUGGUCAAAUGGGCCCAGGAGGCUACCAGCAGCAACAACAGGGCCCGGGUGGUUUCGGGCCCCAGGGCCAGCAGCAACAGUCGCAGCACCAACAGUUUGGGCCCCAAGGCCCCCAGCAGUUUGGUCCACAAGGCCAGCAGCUCCAGUACGGGCCCCAGGGCCAGCAGCAGCAACAAUUUGGACUCCAAGGCCCGCAGGGCCAUCAGCAACAGUUCGGGCCCCAGGGCCCCCAACAACAGGGCCCCCAGGGCCAACAAAUGGGGGGACCCCAAGGCCCAGGGGGCAUGAUGUCAGGCCCGCAGAGCAGUAGGCCCAUGCGGGGCGUACCUACCGUGAUACCGACGGUUACCCAGCCACAGCCCCCAAUGUCGCAGCAACAACAGCAGCAACAACAGCAGCAGCAGCAGCAACAAGCGGGCGCUGGGGCUAACCUCAUGUCCAAGUUCACGGAGAUGACUGGGGCGAGCGCCGGUGGGGACAUACUGUCCAAGGGCAAGGAGCUCAUAUUCAUGAAGUUCGGGCUAGGCAAGUGAGUGCGAGCCCCUAGUGAUGGCUCGCGUAAGCUGGGCCCGAUCGCCGGACUGUUACUACCGCUGCCAUCGCUAAUGACCGGCACCAAGAUCAACAGUGGUCCCAAAAGGCGAUCCGAAAAAACGGGGGUGGAAACGGGACUCACGACGUGCGCGUGGCGGACGAUGGCCGGGUUAAUCGAAGCUUUGCCAAUCAGUAUUAAUCGUAUCGUUGUACACAUUGCACAGUACCACCGUUACUAUUACUACUCCGUUUACCGCUACUACUGUCACAACUAUUACUAUUACUGCAAAUAUCCCUGCUAUCACUACUGCUACUACUUACAUUUUUACUUCUACUGCUACUGCUAUAACUACUAUUGUAACUUCUCGGAGACAUAUCGUGGAUGUCCCGGUCGCGUUUGUCGUGGCUCCGGGAGAUAAUAGAUGCCACAUAGAAAUGGGCUAUUGGGUGCCGCGUGUGCGUGUGUUGCGUGAAGUAAAUAUGCAUAUGAAAAAGUUGUCGGGGGAGAACCUGAAUGAACGACUGGAGCAAAGUAUGUUGGAGUCUUACAUGGGCGACGGCAAAUUGUGGAACUACUGCAUGCCCGUGUGUAAAGUAUUACUAUGUACAUUAAAUUUGUCGUUUGGUGGCGCCACCCCAUGCGUAUCAAAUCUUAAUACAGGUGGUUGUGACGAUCGUCAGGUGUGUACUGUUGGAUAGUAAAUAUUAGAAAAUUUCGCACCUCGAGGACGAUCAUCGAUGGGUAAUUAAUUUUUAAUUUACAAACGGUGUUCUCUCGACCAAAAAAAUAUUUACGGAGGGCUGGAUCGUAAACUUCUAGAUAAUUAAUGUGCAUGUAAAUACAUUUACGCACCGACAAACGAAUAUUUUAUCCCACUGAUAUGCUGCUGCUAUAACUGCCGAUGUGAUGCUAUAAAUUAAAAACAAACAGUAUGAAUAAAAAAAUUAAUAAAUAAAUAAAAUAAUGAUAAAAAUAACGCGUAUACAUCGAGCGUUGAUUGAAAGAAAAAAAAGAGUUUGAUCAAGUGUGUGCACGUCUUUGCACGUUCGUCGACUGAGAUUUUUUCCAAAGUGAAUCAAACUAAUUAAAAAAAAAAAAAAGUAGAAAACGAUUUUACAAACUGACUAGGUCAAGCAAAAUUCGUGUAUACGCUAAAGUGCUCAGUAUCCAAAAAAAAAAAAGACGAUACAAAAAAUGUGCAAUGCGCCGACACUUAAUCAUCGGACAAAACAGAAGCAAACGAGAUCUUAAUCGUGGGGCCGUUUCGUUUCUUCAAUAUCAUUAGAUAGUUCACAUAAUAUGAAACGUAUAUGGUAAAAGAAAAUACGUGUAUAAAUAAUUGCGCGCAUGAGUAAUUUAAGGGGCACGUGAUAAGGGCGAAAAGGGGCAGCGGAUCACAUUCCCUUUUCCCUUGUCACCCCUUUGUUUUCCAAACGAAAGCUUGAUGGCAUUAUCAUCUUGACGAGAGCGGACGUGUGCGCGACUCAUUCCUGGAAACGAUUAUUACAAUAAAAUAGUAGUGUAAUGAGAAAAAAAAAUCAUGAUAAUAAUAAAUUAAUAUCGACGACUCGCGACUCCAUUGUUUUAUACGUUACUUGUACGGACUGACUACACAAUACCGAUUGACUAAGCAACGUUUAGGAAUCACCACACACGUGAUUGGGUGAAAAUAAUUCAUCAAUAGUUGAAGAAAAAAUGUACUGUAGACGUGUAGAUUUAUUAAAAAAUCGCUUUGAGGAGUAUACAGAUCGUAAUGUGAUUGGAAAAAAACGAAAUCGACCGAAUGUGACGGUACGAUAGUGGAAAGUACAAGCGAUCGACUUAGUGACCGAAUAGCCAGACGGGAGAUGAUCAAGUAUAGUAAAAGAGUAUUGUUAUUAACAAAAAAAAAAAAAAAAAAAUAUUGAAGACGAAAAAAAAACUUAUAAUAAUGAAUUAUAACGCAAGGGAGAUGGGCGUGCCUUGAGAUGCCUCAAAUCCUGAUGACACAAACAAUAAUCAUAUCUUAAAGUUUGACGCAGUUACGAUUGUUUGAGAGAAACAAAAAAAAUUGAUAUGUUGAGAAAAUAAGUAACAAUAAUUUCAACUUUUAGUCGUAACGUGAGGAUAUGUAUCUUAAGUAUGAUUAGGUGGGAGGGGUAAAGCGACGUAGAAAUCGAAAAAACGUUAAGCAUUUAAAUGUGAGAGGAAAAGCUUUAAAGUGAAAAAUACAUAUAUAAACAGUAUGUGGAUGUAAACCCUCGUGGAUUGAGAUGACUGAUCGCGAUGCGUAUGUAUUAAAAAAAAAAAACAGAUAAUUGAAUAAAAAUCAAUAAAUAAAUAAAGUACUUUAAGCAAACAAGAGUAAGUAAAGGAAUAUAAUAUACAGAGUAAAAAAAAAAAAAAAAAAAAAUCGGGACGUACACGAAGAGAAUCAAAUAUAAAGGAUUAAUAUUAUAAUAAUAAUGUCAUUGCAAGAUAAUAUUUACCGUUAGACUUGCGAAAGAGAGAAGGACGAGGCUGGCGACGUCGCUCUUCGCAUUAUUGAUUAUAAAUUCUAUAAUCGUGUAUUCUAUUCGACGAAAUCCUUGCGUUGUUUUGAUGCGUCAACGAAAAGCCUUUUCAAUCUAAUUCUAAUGGCACCAAUUUUCAUUAUGUAUCUUGUUUGAAUUUUAUCAUAAUUAAUAAAUGAAGAAGGUACAUCCACACAUUUUUUCAAUAAUUAUGGUAUGCAGCUAUAAUACAUUAGAUUUGAUGUUCAAUUGUUGGACAAUAAUCGUUUUAUCAUCGUACGUGGUGUAUUUUUUCAAAUCGAAUGUGUUGGUAUUCAAAGUUAGGGUUUGUUGAAUUUUUACAUUUGUCAAGUAACUAAGAAAUACCUUCUUCUCAUACACAACAAUCUGAGUCAUAGAUGCUCCGUUAAAAAAAAAAAAAAAGAAAAACUCGUUUUGUAAUGUUGGUGUUAAAGUUCUACGAUAACGUUAGUCUACGUCUAUGAAAAAGACUUGGUAAAUUUUAUUGUUUCGUUGAAAAUAAACCAUAUCGUGUAUCGAAUUUUUAAAUUAAAAGCGAAAGUUUAUAUUGAAAAAUAACUUUUCAAAUUAAUAAUAAUACGCGAGUAUUACACGUUUCGCGCAACACAAAUCUUAUCAACUUAAAAUCAUUGCACCUCAAAAUCGAAUUGACGAUUGUAAUACUUAGAUAACGAGACCCUUUGCAUUUAAAUGAAGUGUGCAGUGCGUCAUUGUACAAGAUUGUCUAGCAAAAAUAAAAUUUCCGGUCGACUGGAUGAAAAUAUGCGAGUUGACGUGCUCGUUAAUCUGUUACACAUGUAUCGAUGGAAAAAAAAAUCCAAACCAGCAGAACAAUAAUCCAAGAAUCGAUGCUAUUUACAAAUAAUAAAAAUCCUGGCAUUAUACCAAUGUUGAAAUGUAUCGAUUGUAAAGCGACUAUCAUGUGUUAUGUGAGUAUAUUGUAUUUGUAACCGGAUUACAUUUCAAUUUUCGAUUGUUUGUACAAUUGUGAAUUCAAACUAUGUAUACAUAAUAUAUCUGCUGUCAUCCGCGUGUCAAAAAUUCUAUAUGCAACGUUGAAAUAAUAAUAAUGAAAAGUGAAAAAA